AAAUGAAUAAUCAUUGCAUAAAUUAAAACUUUCGGUUAUGGAAAUGCUGAAAUCAUCAACAAUUUGGGAAUCCGCCAGUCGGCCGCUUUUUGUGCGCUCAAUUUGGCUGGAAGCGCCGAAAACUGGGCGUGCCGGUGCACAACGCCAUUUCAUACUGGACUACGAGCCAAGACAGCGGCGCAUACAUUCGAAGUCGGCGGCGAGCAUACGCAGAAAUAAGGCGCAUGCCACGUUGCAACAUUCACAUUCAUAUGACUUUGUUGGCGAUUGGCAGGAUCAUAAUCAGUGCAGAUUUGCGGAAGAGCCGCAAAGAGAUUUAUUACUCAUUGUGCCAGCCAAAGUAGAGCCACCAGCGGCAGCAUCAACGCAACAGACACAUCUCCUUCAACAGAAAUACUCAAACAAAACACCACCCACUCCGGCGGGUCGCAGCCAUAAACGAGCAACACUUUUUUUUCGCCAUCGCCCACCGCGUCACGGUCCACUUCACGAACUCUACGAGCUGUAUUCGCGCCACAGUUCACUACAAGAUCUGCAAUCGACGCUCUCACAAGCGAACUCACAUGCGGAUGAGCGCCUGGCGGAGCGUGUACUAAAUUGGCUCGAUUUAGCUGGCAAGCGUAUUGACACCACUCAGCCAACUGAAGCUCCUAGAGACAUCAGUGAAAUGGGAAAGCGAUCGAAAAAGCCAACAGCAAAGACACUAACAACACAGGCUCCACAAACUGCAACAAUUGCUACUACCAGCAACAAGUCGCAUACUCUGCGUUCCGCCAACACACAAACCCAGCCACACCCACAAUCACAAAUCACUACAACACAAACGUCCUCCAAUGCAACACGUUCGCGUAAACAAGUCCGCUAUGCAAGCGCUGUGCGCCCAGAGCAAAUCCCAACAGCGAGCCAAACGGAUCAAACUCGAUCCGCAGAUCCCGUCAAGCACAUCACAAUCAUUUUCGAUCGCGAGGGUGUGCCGGUGCGCUUCAAUCGACCAGUACGUAACAUAGAUUUAUGUAGCCUAAGCGCUAGCCCGAGCACAGUUCGUCGCAUGGCUGGUACUUUGGCUUCCGCACGACUCUACAAUGAAGGUGAGCGUUCUUUCCUGCAACCAGCAUUGAAAACCGUCUCCGCGAAACAGCGUCGCUCCACUGAGUUGGAGCAUGGCGCAUAUGCAGUGAAGUCAAUGCAAAAACGAUGCCACGAUGCGGGUGCCUACGAUGCCAAAAAACAACUGCAUAUUUUUAUGCCGAAUUUACCGAAGAAGGGUCUAUUAACAGCGGCCGGUACGAAUGAUAGCGUUUGUGGCAGUGCCGAUGAUACGGUCAGUGGAUUGAGCAAUGUAUUCAGUGAGCUUUGUAAAAUUUAA